AUGUCCACCGAUAAUAACGACCGACCGACGACGGACGAAAAUUUAGAGAAGAAUCCAGCGGGAGUCGGCGACAAAGAGACGCCACCGGUCGUUGUGUACCAGACGACCAGUUACGAUGCGGACGACGAAAAUUCGUGCGUUUCGUUACCGUCGGUGUGGAGAAAAAAUGUUCAGACGAGCACCGUCGGAAAAACCAAAGAAGUCGAUCAACAGGACAAUGCCGUGGCAAAAUAG